UUCCAUCUCCUCUCUCUUCCUCCCUCUCAGACUCACUUUUCCUCUGUCUCUUACUCCCUCCCUCUCCCCCUUCCCUCCCCUCUCUCUCUCCCUCUCUCUCCAAGCCUCACUCUCUCCCUGUGAGCCUGAGGAUGGCAGUCGUGCUCCCAGUGGAAGAUGGCGGUGCUGGAGAUGCUGCCCGCUGACUAUGGAGCCGGAGACUGGAUUAUAAUUUUCAGCAAACUGUGGCUGGAUGUACAGAUGAAAAAUGGACACGUCUCCGUCUGUUCCCCCGGAGCUCUGGACUCUGUUGGAACGGUUUAAGUAGAGUCUACUGUCCGUGUUUUAGCUCGACAGAAGCGCAGUGCUGUCGUCGGGGGUUCGGAGCGAAAGCUCGGCGCACACAGGCAGACAGGGUGGGAGUGAAAAGUGGACAAAAAUGUCGGAUACAAAGGUAAAAGUUGCGGUGAGAGUCCGGCCCAUGAACCGCAGGGAAAUGGAACUGAACACAAAAUGUGUCGUGGACAUGGAGGACAACCAGACUGUCCUGCACCCUCCAGCCUCCGGUGCAAAAGGAGAGAACAGGAAGCAACCCAAGGUGUUCGCUUUUGACCACUGUUUUUGGUCCAUGGAUGAGUCCAAUCUUCCUAAAUAUGCCGGUCAAGAGGUGGUGUUCAAGUGCCUUGGUGAGGGAAUACUUGAAAAUGCAUUCCAGGGAUAUAACGCCUGUAUAUUUGCCUACGGACAAACAGGUUCAGGCAAGUCCUUUUCCAUGAUGGGGAAUGGUGAUAAUCCAGGUUUAAUCCCUCGACUCUGUUGUUCGCUGUUUGAGAGGGUCCACAGGGAGAACAAUGAGUCCCACUCCUUUAAGGUGGAAGUGUCAUAUAUGGAGAUCUACAAUGAGAAGGUCCGUGACCUACUAGAUCCCAAAGGGAGCCGACAAUCACUGAAAGUACGAGAACACAAAGUCCUGGGUCCAUACGUGGACGGCCUGUCUCAGCUGGCUGUGACCAGCUUCGAGGACAUUGAGGUUUUAAUGUGUGAGGGAAACAAGUCCCGAACAGUCGCAGCCACCAACAUGAACGAGGAGAGCAGUCGGUCACAUGCUGUCUUCAGCAUCAUUGUCACACAAACACUUUAUGAUCUACAAUCUGGGAAUUCAGGGGAGAAAGUGAGCAAGAUGAGUCUGGUGGACCUGGCAGGAAGUGAGCGGGUUUCUAAAACUGGUGCUGCUGGAGAGAGACUCAAAGAGGGCAGCAACAUCAACAAAUCUCUCACCACAUUAGGUUGUGUGAUUUCUGCUCUGGCCGAUCAGUCGGCAGGAAAAGGAAAAGCCAAGUUUGUUCCUUACAGAGACUCAGUCCUCACCUGGCUACUAAAGGACAACCUUGGUGGUAACAGUAAGACAGCCAUGAUCGCUACGGUGAGUCCAGCAGCAGACAACUACGAGGAGACUCUGUCCACGCUUCGCUACGCAGACAGGGCCAAACGAAUAGUCAACCAUGCUGUGGUGAAUGAAGACCCUAACGCUAGGAUCAUCAGAGAGUUGAGGGAGGAGGUGGAGAAGCUCAAGGUUCAGCUGUCUCAGGCUGAGUCUUUGAAGGCUCCUGAACUUAAGGAGAAACUGCAGGAGUCUGAGAAACUCAUCCUGGAGAUGACAGUCACCUGGGAGGAGAAGCUGAGGAAGACAGAGGAGAUUGCCACUGAGCGUCAGAAGCAGCUGGAGAGCAUGGGCAUCUCCUUAGAAACAUCUGGGAUUAAAGUGGGUGAAGACAAGUGUUUUCUUGUCAACCUGAACGCUGACCCUGCCUUAAAUGAGCUUCUGGUCUACUACCUAAAGGAGCACACUCGUGUUGGUGCAGACACGUCCCAGGACAUCCAGCUCUUUGGGAUUGGGAUCCAGGCAGAGCAUUGUGUCCUGGAACUCUGUCCAGACGGUGAUGUCACUCUGACGCCCAUGGGCAAUGCCAGGACCUGUGUGAACGGAGCCAUGAUUGACACGCUGGUGCACCUGUGGCACGGAGACCGGAUCUUAUGGGGCAACAACCAUUUCUUUAGGAUCAAUUUGCCCAAGAGAAAACGGCGGGACCGUUUGAGAGAUCUGGAGAGAGCUUCUCCCAGGGAGAGCUUCAUCGAGGCAGAUGUGGAGACGGCCAGCGAGGCGUCGUCUGAGCAGGACUACAGCUACGAGUUUGCCCAGAUGGAGGUCAUAAUGAAGACUCUAGGGAACGAUCCCAUGCAGAAUGUGGUCCAGGUGCUGGAGAAGCAGUACCUGGAAGAGAAGCGAACUGCACUGGAGGAGCAGAGGAUGAUGUAUGAGCGAGAGCUGGAGUCCCUCAGGCAACAGUUGUCUCCUGAGAAAGCAUCGCAGCACCAUCGCACCAGCAGCAGCGUCAGCGAACGCCUGACCUUCCAGACGCACACGCCACACGGCAAACUGCGACUCUGGACGGAUGAUCGUGAUGUGCUUUUUCGUCAGAGUCUUUCUCGGCUCAGGGAGCAGGUCGUCAAAGCCAACACCUUGGUGCGAGAAGCCAACUUUCUGGCGGAAGAGAUGAACAAACUGACCGACUAUCAGGUCACUCUUCAGAUUCCCACAGCCAAUCUCAGUGCCAACCACAAGCGUGGAAUGAUAGUGAGCGAGCCAGCCAUCCAGGUGCGGAGGAAAGGUAAAGGGACUCAGGUGUGGACAAUCGAGAAGUUGGAGAACAAGCUGGUGGACAUGAGGGACCAUUACAGGGACUGGAAGGAAGGAACUGAGGAGACGCAUAACAAAGGAAACAGUAAACCAUGUGAUCCCUUCUAUGAGGCACAAGAGAACCACAACCUGAUAGGAGUGGCUAACAUUUUCCUGGAGUGCCUUUUCCAUGACGUUAAACUGCAGUACGCCGUUCCCAUCAUCAGCCAACAGGGGGAGGUAGCAGGCAGGCUACACGUAGAGCUGAUGAGAGUCAGUGGUGUUGUGCCUGAACGGCUUUGUGGGGGAGAUGACUCUUCAGAAAACUCCAGUGAGAGCAGCUGUUUGGAAGUCAUGGACACCAACGGGGAGAUCGUCCACAUGGCCAAGAGACUCACCUGCAGGGUGCGGAUCCGGGAGGCCACCGGUCUACCUCUCAACCUGUCCAACUUUGUCUUCUGUCAAUACACUUUCUGGGAGCACGGAGAGCCCACUGUGGCGCCCCCUAUGGUCAGCCCUGACAGACCCUGCCCUCGAAGCCCAGAUGCCCAGUUCACUGUCCAGUUUGAUCACUGCAAGGACUAUCCUGUCCAUGUGACAGAUGAGUUCUUAGAAUUCAUAUCAGAUGGAGCGCUGGCCAUAGAGGUUUGGGGUCACCGCUGUGCAGGGAAUGGACGUUCACUCUGGGAGUUGGAUGCACUGGAGGCCAAGACUCAAACACUCAGAGACAGGUGGAGCGAAGUUUCUCGCAGGAUCGAGCUGUGGAUCUCCAUCCAGGAGUUGAACGAGCAGGGAGACUAUUCAUCUGUGGAGCUGCUGUCAGCAAAAGACAGCGGCACAGGAGGAGUCUUCCAGUUACGACAGGGUCACUCACGGAGGCUUCAGGUCUGCAUUAAACCAGUCCAGAACUCGGGGACUCUGCCUCUGCUGGUGGAGGCGAUUCUCUCUGUCUCUAUUGGCUGUGUGUCAGCGCGCUCCACCAAACUCCAGAGACCUCUCGACAGCUACCAGGAAGAAGACCUCAACUGUGUCAGGGAGCGCUGGUCAGAAGCUCUGAUCAAACGCAGAGAGUACCUUGACGAACAAAUCAAGAAAAUCAUCAACAAGCAUGAGAAGUCAGAGGAGGACGUUGAGCGUGAAGCUCGACUGGUGGAGCAGUGGGUCGGACUGACUGAGGAGAGAAAUGCAGUUCUGGUUCCUGCACCUGGAAGUGGAAUCCCUGGAGCUCCUGCGAAUCCACCUGCAGGAAUGGAAGCUCACACUCCAGUGCUUUACUUGGAUUUAAAUGCUGAUAAUCUGACAGUGAACGAACAGCUGACAGGCCCACAUGCUGCAGGAGUGAACUCCAUCCUUCCCAAAGAGCAUGGCAGCCAGUUCUUCUAUCUGCCCAUCAUCAGACACAGUGACGAAGAGGUGUCGGCCGUUUGCUCUUGGGACUCGUCCAUCCACGAUUCUGUGCACCUAAACCGGGUCACAUCUCCACAUGAACGCAUCUACCUGAUCAUCAAAGCCACGGUGCAGCUCAGCCACCCGGCCUCCAUGGAGCUGGUGCUGCGUAAACGCAUCGCCGUCAACAUCUAUAACAAACAGAGUUUCACUCAGAGUUUAAAAAGGAGAAUGUCGCUGAAGAAUUCACAUCACAGCUGUGGUGUGACCUAUGAGAUCGUUUCUAACAUACCAAAGGCUUCAGAGGAGCCGGAGGAGAGGGAGACCUUGGCUCUCAUGGCUGCUCGUGGUGACAGUGAGGAGACUCAGGAUGGAGAAACCUACAUAGAGAAGUACACUCGGGGCGUUUUGGAAGUUGAGAACAUUCUCAGUCUGGAGAGGUUACGGCAGGCUGUGACAGUGAAGGAAGCGCUCAGCACGAAGGGCAAACACCUAAGACGGAGUAUCAGCACACCAAAUGUACAACAUGUAAUGACUUCCUGCAGUAAAACUGACCUGACGGGCUGUGAGGACGACGACUGUAAAGACGGCUGUGACCAGGUGGAUAAUCCCAGCUGUAAUCCCCAGGAUGGUCCACUGUGCACCACACCCAUCAAAAGCAAGGAGAACCAAGGUUUGCCCCCAGAGAGUCCCACUUUUUUCAAUUCCAGCCCUUUCAAGGUGCUUACACCUCAGACUCCUAAGUUUCUCAAGUCUCUGCUUCCUGUCAAAGAGGAAAACAAGGUGAAGAGAUCCUUGGAGUCCAGGCCACUACUGGGACAAGAGGACUCUGAGGACGAGGACACUGACGUGAAUGUGUCUGUGGACAUGGAUCCAGGCUCUCAGGAUUCCAGGAGAUUCCAGCCUUACAUCCCAGAGGAAUUUGCAAACUUCGAGGUGUACAACGCCACCUUGGAGAACCAGGAGGGCUCAGACUUGAAGGGAAGCUCAUGUGGAGGUGGCAGUGGAGAGAGACAAGUGUCCCGAAGCCCCACGACCAGCAGCUGCACCAGUGGCUACGUCUCACACAGUGCCUCCAACGCCACACUUUCUGAUCUGCCUUUCAGUGCCAGUGAGAGCUCAGAUCACAUCAGCUGCCCCCACAGAGACCCUCAGGACCACCACUGCUGCCCUGCUGGACGAGGCUACACCCAAACCAAAAGUGUCUCUGCGGGGACAGACGCGCCACAGUCCCGUCUCUCUCCAGAUGUGGUCCAGGAUCUGCUCAGUCAAACUCAGGGCUCUUUACCCGUCAGUAUUUCUCACUGCGAAGACAAGCCUCAGCCUCACAGCUGCGUCCUCAGCACCAGCCAGGAGUUCACUGACUUUAAAGGCGCUGAUGACACGAUUGGAGAAGGUGAUUUAGAACCUUUUACAGAGAGGUGGGAGCAGGAAAACGUAGAAUCCGGUGACACCGACACUCGACAUCCCUCUGUUGAUUGUGGUAUUAUUAACACAUCUGAACCUCAAGAGUCAGUAAAAAAGUGUAACCAAGACUCUGGGUCGUGUCCCAACACAACUUUAAUUUGCACUGCAGUCAGGGCUCCGCUAAAUGAACCUGACAAAAUCCCAACUCCUUCUCAAGUCCACACCCUCCCUCCUGCAUCAGCUCCACCGACCCCACCCACAUGUGUGUCUACAGUCACAAAAUCCGCUCCCGCUCCCAGAGCAGGAGGAGAACCUCCGAUCCAGGAACCAGCACAGGGAGAUCUGCCCCACGGUAGUCCAUGCCCCAGUCCGAACCCCAGUAGUGCUGAACCCUCGGGGGACUCCAGCGGUGAUGAGAGCACUCCAGUGGCUCAGCUUCCUGACUGGAUGGCCCCCGGAGAACACGUGUGGGUGGGGAAGAGGAGAGGAACCGUCCACUACGUUGGAGGGGUAGAGUUUGCCAAGGGCAUCUGGAUCGGUGUGAAGCUGGACCUGGCAGUGGGUAAGCACAAUGGAACCGUCCAGGGCAGAGUUUACUUCCGCUGCCCUCCAGGUCAUGGAGUGUUCGUCAAGCCAUCACGUCUCACCCGAGGACCCCCCUCUAUGGACAUGGAGCCUCACACUGUGAUCAGAUAGGAACCAGAAAAGGACCUGUUUUGGGGAGUUGAAGCAGAGUCUUGGCCCUCGGACCCUGUGGCUGUGGCUGGACAGCAGGUUGACGUCCGGACGGCUCCACCUUCCAUCUCUCUUUUUAUUCACCACUCAACUCUGUGGCUUCACUGACUUUAAUGCCUUUACUGAAGGGCGAUCCUUACGACUGUUCACUGGGUUUUCUCUAUGCACAUAUUUGACUUUUCUACGCGGUCAUAUUUUGAUACAGAGCAAAAACAUUUGACUAAAGAGUUAAUGUGGAUAACAAUAAAAAAAAGAUAUUUUUAUAAGACAGCUUGUCCUCCCCUGAGGAUCGAGAAGAAGAAUCUAAAAUAUAAAGAUGAAGAAUGUACUACUGUUAAUAAACAUUGAUAUUUACGUAAAUAUGAUUUGUCAGGGGUAACCAAAGAACUACGGUUCCAUAUCUGCUGUUAUGAA